CUAUUCUGGAGCUUCUUGGCCCCUGGUGUGGAGAGUGAAUCCUGUCCACGACUGCCCCUCAGGCUGGAAUUCCAGAACAUAUAGGCCUUGUUCCCAGGAAGAUUGGGGUUCAUCAGAGCCUGAUCUGGACCACUGUCUCUGCAACCAGGGGCUAACUUCAUAAGGCCUCUGAACUGUUUUCAGUAUCCGGACAUCUGCUGUAAUAACUUCUGGUUCUUCUUCGGCCUUGUUUCUUGUCAGAAAUCUGUGAGCCAGAGGAGCCUCAUAUCAGGACAGACAGGAGCAGGGGAGCAGCUGCGAUGGCUUCAGGAAUCCUGGUGAACAUAAAGGAGGAGGUGACCUGCCCUAUCUGCCUGGAGCUCCUGACAGAACCCCUGAGCCUAGACUGUGGGCACACCUUCUGCCAAGCCUGCAUCACUGCAAAUGACAAGGAGUCCAUAGUCAGUGAAAAAGGAGAGGGCCACUGCCCUGUGUGCCGUAUCUAUUACCAACCUUGGAACCUGCGGCCUAAUCGGCAUGUGGCCAACAUAGUGGAGAUGCUUCAAAAGGUCAAGUUGAGUCCAGAGGAGGAGCAAAAGACAGAUCUUUGUGUGCACCAUGGAGAGAAACUCCUGCUCUUCUGUAAGGAGGAUGGGAAGUUCAUUUGCUGGCUUUGUGAGAGGUCUCAAGAGCACCGUGGUCACCACACUUUCCUCAUGGAGGAUGUUGCCCAGGAGUACCAGGAAAAGCUGCAGGCAGCUCUGCACAGGCUGAAGGCUGAACACCAAGAAGCUGAGAAGUUGGAAGCUGAUAUCAAAGAAGAGAGAACUUCCUGGAAGAAUCAGAUACAAAAGGAAAUCCAAAGUGUUCAGAAUUUUUUUAAAAAACUGAAAGGCAUCCUGGACACUGAGGAGCAGAAGGAGCUACAAAAGUUGAAGAAGGAUGAAGGAGAUAUUCUCCAUGACCUGGAACAGUCUGAGAGUAAGCUGGUCAAGCAAAGCCAGGUGUUGAGAGAUCUCAUCUCAGAGCUGGAGCAUCGGUUGAAUGGGUCAAUGAGGAAGAUGCUGCAGGAUGUGAAUGGCAUCAUGGAAAGGAGUAAGACCUUCACUCUGAAGAAGCCAAAGAUUCUCUGCAAGGAACAAAGAGGAGUGUUCCGAGUUCCUGACUUGAGCGGGGUGCUGCAGAUGUUUAAUGGGCACAUUACCAUGGACCCUCCCAAGGACAAACCAAAUGUUGCCAUUUCUGCAUAUCAGAGAAAAAUCCCGCAGCUCCGGAAUGUCCCAUGCCAAUCCAAGACCAACCUUACCAUCUUCUAAGACAUCACUGCUGACAGCGAGCCAUUGGCCAUAUUUCUUUUGAGCUGUUUUCAGAUACAGUUCCAAGACAGCAAAAAAACUUUUGUGCUCUGACCACAAGAGAGAAAGAAUUUGGUUAUAAAGGUUCUGCUUUCAUAGAAUUAUUCUGGGAUUUAUGUGCCAUGGUGGUGACUUCAGACAUCACAAUGGUAUAGGCAACAAGCCCAACUACAGGAAGAAAAGUGAUGAGAAUUUAAUCCUGAAGCAGCUGGCUUCAGGGACAGGUGGAGGUACAGGUAGAUAUACUUCCUUCCUUGCACAACCUCAAAACAAAAUACAACCAGAACUGCCAGAAAAUCUAACUGUAUGGAAGUCCUGUGCUUGUAAUUGUUUUAUAAUCUUUAUGCUCUCACCUCACCUCAUUGGGUUCCAUGUUUUCCUUAUUCCGUCCAAGUCUACCUGGGUUGCGUAGUUAAAUUUAUGAUUAUGAAAUAAAAACUAUGCAAAAACCACAGAAGCAAAUUUAAUCAUUUCCCCAACUAUUCCUCCUCAUCAUGAUGGAGUUUUCCUAGACUACAAUGCUGGCACUGUCUCAUUUUUUAAGGUUAUAAGCCAUGGUUUUCUAUCUGUAAAUUCUCUUCAUGUUCAUUUUCUCAGAAAAUUGAUCCAUAUUUCAAUCCCAUGACAUGUACUGUCCCCAUGACACAGUGUUCUCCAACCUUUUAAAUCUCUUACACCUUCACCCUCUGGUCUUGGGUGCAUCUAACACACUGAGCUGAUCUGCACCAUUCUCACCAACUUUUUAUUGCUACCUCCCUUUUUGUUUUAUUUCAACAUCCUUCAUUCAACAAUAGAAUGUAAGGUUUAGUGUAAUAGAGAGUAAAGAGAAUACUCAUGCCUUUUGUCAUGAGUAUUAUUCUCAAUGUCUUGUUUGCAUUAGUAAAGAAUCAUAAUUUGCUAUUUUCCAUCAUCCCAAAGAAAAUGAUUAAUGCUCCACAAAAAAAAUCAUGUGUGGAGGUGACAUCUAUGCCAAAUUUUUACAAUUUUAUUUCCUUUGCCACUGAGAAGAAGAAGGAAAGGUGUUCAACAACUUUCUUUAUCUACAAUUCAAGGUUUUGUAUAGGAAUCAUUCACUGUAGAAUGAGUCUUCAGGAAUGUGUCAGUUUACUCAUUAUGCUCCUCACUCAUUAAGGAGUGAAGGAGAAUGUCAUAAAUAGUAUGUACUAAACGGGAGUUUUCUGUCCAGACUGUUUGAGUACAAGUCCAAGUCUCUCCAAACAGGUGCAGUGUAACCUUGAAUAAGAUACUUAAAUGUUUGCUUCAUUUACUUAAAAAUAGUCCUGGUAUUUAAAAAAAAAAACACCAUAGUUAGAAUCAUCAUGAUAAGAAAAGUGUCAUGAAGUAUAAAACCUGUAAGCAUCUCAACGUAAUAAACAUUUCCUCUUCUAAUUACUGAAAAAUAUAAGCUGUGUCAAUGUCUCAUGAAACAGAUUUGUCACUUCAGGGGCACUACCGUGGUUUUAACUGAAGUCUGGUGUUUCAGAUGCCGGAUGCCUCUGUGCUACCAUCAGGGCUCCUGCAGCUCUGCCUGUGACAGAUGAGAGUGUGUGUAUGUGUGUGUGUGUGUGUGUGUGAGAGAGAGAGAGAGAGAGAGAGAGAGAGAGACAGUGAGAAUUUUAUUAUAAUUCUGGUUUGCUACAUAUUAACCUUAAUCAAAUAAUCUAAAUUCUGUGGGAUUCAGUUUUUCAUUUGUAAAAAAAUUAAUGAAAUUUACCUUGUAAUACUGUGUAAAUUAAACAACAGAAUAUUUUCAA